UCAGAAACUCGUCGCGUGGGUGGGAUUCGCCGUUGUAGUCAUUGUUAUGUUGAUUUUAUGGCUUUGAGAAGUUCAAUAGUGCAUGUUUACUUGUUUAAGCGUGUCCCAUUGGCUGUGCUUUACUCUCUUGACGAUUAGACGAUCUGGGUUCCCAGCAAGAUCUGCAUAUCUCCAGGCCUAGAAACUCGCAGAACCGCCAGGUGCAGCGGCCGUCUCAGUUCAUACUUUUAUGUUUUGCUGUUCGGGGCUUGCAGAUUUUUGCUGUCAUGUCUGAAGGAGCAAGUGGAAGCUCAUCCAGUAUUCCACCAAAUGAGGACAGUAUUACUAUGCUGGAUGUCCUGAAAGAAGAAGAAGACCUUGAUGAUGAUGCAGCUGCUGUCCUGGGAAACACAGAUGACAAGAACUGCUCUUAUGACCAGGGGUAUGUCAAGCGGCAACCUCUGUAUGCCUGCCUCACAUGCUCUGGCAAGGACCAGCCAGCUGGUGUCUGCCUGGCCUGCAGCUACCACUGUCAUGAGACACAUGAGCUUGUGGAGCUGUACACCAAACGAAACUUCCGCUGCGACUGCGGCGGUGGCCUGCAGCCCGACACGACCUGCCGCCUCACAGCCAAAACGGGCACCAACCCGGAGAACAAGUACAACCAGAACUACGCCGGCCUGUACUGCACGUGCAGGCGGCCGUACCCGGAUGCGGAGGACGACACUCCCGACCAGAUGAUCCAGUGCGUCGUCUGCGAGGACUGGUACCACGGCCGGCACCUGGGCGCGCCGACGCCUGAGGACGGGGAUUACGCGGAGGUGACGUGCGCCGAGUGCGUGCAGCGACUCCCCUACCUCCGCCAGUACGCCGGCGACUCAGAUAUGUGUGUGACUGCCAGUACUGAAUGUCAAGACAUAAGCCAGAGAGCAGUCCAAAGAAGCUACCACUGUCAUGAGACACAUGAGCUUGUGGAGCUGUACACCAAACGAAACUUCCGCUGCGACUGCGGCGGUGGCCUGCAGCCCGACACGACCUGCCGCCUCACAGCCAAAACGGGCACCAACCCGGAGAACAAGUACAACCAGAACUACGCCGGCCUGUACUGCACGUGCAGGCGGCCGUACCCGGAUGCGGAGGACGACACUCCCGACCAGAUGAUCCAGUGCGUCGUCUGCGAGGACUGGUACCAACGGCCGGGUACGUGCCACCGACUGCAGCCGACCGAGGCUACUCACCUGGGCGCGCCGACGCCUGAGGACGGGGAUUACGCGGAGGUGACGUGCGCCGAGUGCGUGCAGCGACUCCCCUACCUCCGCCAGUAUGCCGGCGACUCAGAUAUGUGUGUGACUGCCAGUACUGAAUGUCAAGACCAUAAGCCAGAGAGCAGUCCAAAGAAGGGCUCGCCGGCCGGCUGCAAGCUUAAGUCCAUGCCCCGGCUGGAGGGCAAGGGCUCGCUGUUCUGGAAGAUGGGAUGGAGGCGACAUCUGUGCACGUGUGACGCGUGCAAGGCGCUGUACGCGGCGGACGGGGUGGAGUUCCUGCUGGACGAGGACGAUUCGGUGGCGGCGUACGAGGCGCGCGGCCGCGGCGCCGGUGGUAGCUAUGCUCAGGGCAUGCGCGCCCUCUCCAGUAUGGACCGGCUGCAGCAGGUGGAGGUGGCGCACGAGUACAACGAUCUGAAAUCGGAGUUGAUGAAUUACCUAAAGAAAUUCGCCGAGAACAAGAAGGUGGUGCGCAAGGAGGACAUCCAGGAGUUCUUCACGGGCAUGAAGUCGCGAAAGCGGCAGAAGACGGACGUGCCGCACUUCUGUCGGUAGCGCUCUGCCCUCGACCACCGACGCCCGGUGGCGGGGCCGACGGCCGGCCCGCCGCGCGGCCGUUGCUGCCCUGCUCAUCUCGGCGGGGUCGGCCCCCGAUUGGUGAGCGCCUUCAUUCCACUGGCGAGCGGUGCCCGGCUGCCGCGCCGCCGCAGUGGCGCGGCCGUCCCAUCCGCCGCGUCCGACGCUGAUGAAAAUUGUGAUGUCCGUCAUGUUGAUCGUGAAAAUCGCUUGUGUACGCGCUAGUGUGUGACUUUCCUAGGAAGAAGCAUAAUAAAUUUGAUGUUCUGUUUGCG